GUUCUUCAACUUUUUCUCAGUUGCUCAUCGUAACCCCGAGGGAAGUUAAGGUCACUGGACAGAUUUUUUCACCAUGCAACAAACUUAAUUUCUUUGGACCUCGACAGCAGAGUUUUGUAAUGGCUCCGUUUGGAAGGAAUUUCUUAAAGGCGCGAUUGAAAAACAGAUCGAAGGAGGCCGAGGAGUCCCCAGGUAAGGAGAUCCAGGUAUGUGUGUGCCAGGAGGAGAAGGUGGUGUGCGGGGUGACCAAACACACCACUUGCGCCGACGUGGUCCAGGCGCUGCUGGACGACCACGGCACGCUGCCCGAGGGCCGGCGGACGCUGCGCGGGGAGCCCCAGGAGUUCUGCCUGCUGGAGCGCUGGAAGGGCUUCGAGCGCCCGCUGCCCCCGCUCACCCGCAUCCUGCGCCUCUGGAACGCCUGGGGCGACCAGAAGCCCUCCGUCCACUUCGCGCUGGUCAAGACCAGCGAGUGCGCACCGCCACCGCCGACGACCACGGGCAAAGCCGGGAAGAGGUCGUCCAGGUCACGGUCAGCGGCGGCCACUGCGGGGGGAGGAAGGGCCCGGCGCUGGGAGCAGUGUCCGGCCCAGUACGCCAAGACCCUGCCGGCCGAGCGGCAGAAGCGGCUGGUCAAGAAGGCGUUCCGCAAGCUGGAACGCAUCCGCCUUGAGAGCGAGUCGGCAGGGUCGUCGUCGUCGCCGUCCGCCACGCCGGUCAAGCAGCGGCAGCAGCAGGAGGGGGGGUCGGGGGAGGUGGACGGCAUGGUCCAGCUCAUCAUCACGCAGGACCAGACCAUCCGGCAGCAGCUGCAGCGCAUGCGCGAGCUGGACCUGCAGAUCGAGCUGGCCGAGAGGCUGGCCAGGCUGGAGGGGGCGGGAGCAGCGAGCGCAGUGGACGAGGGGGCAGGUGUCGCCUCCAGCGACUCGCCCCGCCUCAGCCUGACGGACAGCUGCGAGGGCCAAUCGCUGUGCGAGGACUACCUGCCCGCCAACGGCGGCGUGGAGCAGCUGGAGGAGCAGCUGCGCCGGCACCAGGAGCUCAUCCUGGAGCUCUCCCGCGACAUCGACGCCGAGCUCCGCGGGGGUCAGGGGUCACCCGAGGACGAGGAGGAGACGCUGGGGGCGACCGCUUCACCGCCGCCUCUCGAUCUCGAGCUGGACUCGCCGGAGCUGGACAGCGUCCGCGCAGACCUGGAGCGCAGCAUGCGCGCCGGACUCUCGCUCUACGCGCAGACGCAGGACCUGGACCGGGAGCUGCAGGGCCACGACGGCACGCUGCUCUCCAAGAGCCAGGAGUGCCAGCUGCUCGCGGCCCAGCUCGGCGCACUGCAGCUGGGGGAAGGCGCUCCGCAGCCGGGGCCCUCUCCCCUGAAGAGCCAGCAGGCCAAGAGCAGCCUAGCACAGCAGCAGCAGCAGCAGCAGGGACUGGGGGAGGAGAAGCUCAGGCAGGGCCUGACGCCCGACGCCGCCGACACGGACUCAGACACGGGCAUCAGCUCCACGCACAGUCAGGACUCGCUCUCCCCCACGGUCAACCGCCGGCCACCCCUGGACACGGACGUUUAAAAAACGCAGCAGAAAAAAAUCUGCGCACGUGAACUCAUUGACAGAGAUGCAGAUCGACAUGGAGCAAUAAACUUCAUUGGUCAUAUGUCUCAACGGUUUUGUAUUUUGAAAUACUGUACAUCUACAGUACAUUUGUGCACUCAUACCUGAAGUAAAUGAAAGUGAAGGGGAGUAAAAAAAACCUUAUUUAAUGGUUUGCUGUAGUCAGACAGAGGUAUGCAGCUAUCUGUACGCUACCACUGCCAAACACAGCCACUUGUCUCUAGGUCAUUGUUUUAAAUGCAGGAAUGCUGUGUAGGUUUGUCUUUCUCUAGAAUGGAAAAAGCACUUGAGUGUUAGUCAAGCAGACAAAGUGGGUGAUAGGGUAAUCUUAAUGACUGGGUGCUGUUGUCCUAAGCAUUCUUUCAGCUUGUGCAGUUUCACCGCAAUCAGCGAGGUAGCUGGUUUUGGAAAGCAAAUAUUUUGCUUUCAGAUUUGUUUUAAGAAGCAACUUGGAACAACUACUGAAAGAACCAGCACCUACUGUACGUGAGCUUAAACUGCUGAGUGCAUUUCUGCGUGCUGUGUGCACGUCAUGUCUAAAAUCUGAACAACUCAUUUGGCAUAUCCACAACUAUGGGUUUCAUUUAACUAUGGUGUGAGGCUUCUAGUUACUGACAUAGGAUGGAUGGCAGAAAUUCACCAGUAUGUUCAACCUCUACAUAUUGUGCCUUAAUAUACAAAGCAAAUGUUUAUGGCAUUUUAGCAGCAUCAGUAUAUGUAUUUUGUGCUAAUUGACAACUUUUGCAUUCCCUAAACAGUUCUCUAAAAAGCUGCCUUUUGACCUGUAUGCCCUUCACUAACAUACAUUUUUAUGAGAGCUCUAUUUAUAUUUAUAAAGUCAAGAAUGGAACUUUGUGUAAGCUCUAUUUUAUGUUGCCAAAAUGCUAAUUAUUCAUUCGUAAUAUGUUUAUUCUAAAGUGUGUGCUUUGCAGAUGUUUCCCUGUUAAAAGAUAAUGGUAAAAUAUACAAAAGUGUUUAGAGUUAUGACAGAAGUGUGAAGUGCACUGUGUAUGUUCUCAAAAUUGACAUUGUUUUAUAUUAAAACUUCCUCCAUAUGAUUACAGAUUCAUCACACAUUGCACAACUAAUUUAAAUCAUGUCGUGUGUACAAUGAUUUGCAUACAAAGAUGGCGUAACAUUAUAUUUUAAUAAUUCAUAAAUAUAUUCUUCUAUUUCUCUACAAUGAUUUUGGUGAAUACUUUUACGAUACACUUUUAAAAUUGAGCUGUAUGUCAGACGUUCAAAACCCUUGACAAGUCCUCAAUAAUAAUGAGCCACCCAUGUAUAAAUCUCAUUACUUAUGUGUAUAACGUAGUGUAUUGGUUUCAAAUCAUAUCUCAAAAUGAAGAAUGCAACAAGUGAACUGAAAUGCCCUGUUCAGAGUCUGACUUCCCACACUGUACAGCAUUCACAGAGUAAUCAACACAUUCAGGCACAUCAUUUGUGUGGUCAAAGAAAAGGCUACUCACUGCUCCUUGAGAUUCAAGUAUGGGUGUUCAGGUAAAUUGGAUAUUGUUCUCCUAUUCAACAUUUUGACAAUAAACUUUCCA